AUGAAGGGAAUCGUCAGAAUAAGGCUUGCCAGGUUUGGUAGAAGACACCAGCCUGUGUACAAUAUAGUUGUGACCAAGGCCAAAAAGGCCAGAGAUGCCAAACCAAUAGAGGUGAUUGGGACCUACAACCCAGUUCCUUUGCCUUUGACACCGGAGCAGAAGCUGAAGGGAGAGAGACCAAUCAAGGAUAUCAAGCUGGAUUUUGACAAGUCGAAAUAUUGGAUAUCUGUGGGAGCACAGCCAACGGACACGGUGACGAGGUUAUUCAAGAAAGCCGGUAUACUGAAUGCAGAAUGGCCAUCUAGUGCUGUCGGGCCAGUUAUUCCAGAGAGAGAAGUUGUUGAGCCCAAGAAGGAGCUGUAA